GCUCAUAGCACUUCCACAAGAUGCAACAUCAAUAUUCAGAAGAUCCAAAUCUAAUAAUCAAACCACUGUACUAUAGUAAUGGUGUGCCCGUAUUCACACCCACUUAUAACCAAUUCCACAACUUUUAUCAGUUCAAUAAAGCUAUAAACCAGUAUGGGAUGCAAUCUGGCAUUGUCAAGAUUAUCCCUCCUGCCCAUUGGAAACACCAGUUAGAGAAACUGAAAUGCUAUAACCACGACAACUUAGAAAACAACAUCACCAUACGCAAUCCAAUUGUGCAACACAUUAACCAAGUGAGCCCAGGGGUAUACCAACAGGAAAAUAUCGAGAAGCAGAGAAAAUAUAGUAUUUUCCAGUGGAAACAAUUGGCAGAUCAGCAGAACUUCCAACCUCCAAGAACAAGCACAAGAAAGAGAUCGCGACAGGACGACAAGGAAAUAGUCGAAGACUCGCCUAGAAAGUUACGUCAUACCCAUUCCGACUACAAUAUCGACAUCCACGAGUUUACUGAUGACCGAUGCGCUGAGCUUGAACGAAUAUACUGGAAGACUCUCACCUAUGCCGAACCCAUGUACGGCGCCGACAUGAUCGGCUCAAUAUUCCCUCCCAAUAUCAAAUCGUGGAAUGUAGCUCAUUUGCCUAAUAUUCUUGACCUAAUGGACCGGAAGAUCCCCGGAGUCAAUGAUGCAUAUCUCUAUGCUGGAUUAUGGAAAGCGACCUUUGCAUGGCACUUGGAAGACCAGGACUUGUAUCUGAUCAAUUACUUACAUUUCGGUGCCCCCAAGCAGUGGUACCUGAUCCCACAGGAGUAUCGAGACAAGUUUUUCAAUCUAAUGAAGGAGAUAUUUCGCGAAGAGUAUAACCACUGUCAUGAGUUUUUAAGACACAAGACGUUUCUUGUGUCGCCACAAGUGCUUGAAAAACACGGGAUCAAAGUGAAUCAUAUAGUUCAUCGUCAGGGAGAAUUCAUAAUUACUUAUCCGUUUGGAUAUCAUGCUGGAUUCAAUUAUGGCUAUAAUUUGGCCGAAUCAGUUAAUUUUGCUCUUGAUGAUUGGUUUCCUUUGGGGAAGGUGUCUAAUAAAUGCGAGUGUAUUAAUGAUGCUGUGACUAUAAAUAUUUCCCAGUUGUGGAGUAAGUUUCAUGGAGUAGAACCGGACGCUCCAGUGAAGCAAAAUCAGGACAAUAGUCAUAGCAAUACUCACAUCAGUAAUGGUCACGCCCAGAAAAGGCCAAUAGGGCGACCAAGAAAGAACAGUGUUCGCAAUGAUAUUCCUAGUGAAGCACCCGAAGAAACACCCAGUGAAACACCCAGUGCAACACGGGAAUGCUAUUUAUGUCCCAACAGCUAUCCGCAAACAUCACCAUUGUUUGACCUACUUCCAACAGACGCAAAUCAUAAAAUCCACCGAAUCUGUGCCAAUGUGUUUUCAAACCAACUACAACUUUCAAAUAACAAAAUCUCAAACUUGCAGUCGAUUUCCAAACAACAAAAACAAUUAAAAUGUAAUAUAUGUCACCAACCCAACGCCUGCAUUCAAUGCUCGUAUAAGAAAUGUUCUCGUUCGUUCCAUCCAAGCUGCGCAUUAUUUGACGGAGUACAGUUUGACAUUCCUGAUGUGUAUUGCAAGUAUCAUCGAUCCAGACAGUCAUCUAAGCCUGAGCAUGUUAUUGGGAAACUAGUCCAGUUUAGUAUCAAUGGGAGAUAUUUCUAUGGAAGAGUGUUUAGUGAUAACAUUUCCGAGGAGACGGUCAAUAUUCAAGUGCUUCCAGGGUUGUACGAUAUCAUUGAGGUGAGCUACAACAAUGUGCUAUAUUGUAACUAUAACGAAAAUAUGAACUAUUUAAAAGAAAUGAUAGUGAUGGACGAUGUGAAUGCUGAUGACAUUUCUAAAACUAGAAGUGGGCGAAAGAUAAAGGUGAGUUAGAUAGACGAUUAACUGUAUCUAUACAUGUUUUUGGUUGACAUUUGUUUGCACCCAAUAAAUAUUUUGUACUAUUGUUAUACAUCUCGCGUGUACCGU